CCAACAGUCCACCCUGAGUUUCUCUCUGUUCUUCUCUCACUCACUCACUCACUUACACAGGGCAGUGAGCGAUGUUUCUCUCAACUCCGAUACCUUGCUUUUCUUCUUCUUUCUCUGUUAUUCUUCUAGCUUUGCUUCUGUGUUUCUCUGCUGUAAACUCUGCCUCCAAUGGAGCAACAACUAAGAUAGGCGAAGGCUACCGUUUGAUCUCAGUCGAAGAAACCCAUGAUGGUGGACUUGUGGGUCAUCUCCAAAUCAAGAACGGUAACAAAAUCUACGGUCCUGAUAUCCCACACUUGCAGCUCUUCGUCAAGCAUGAGACUCAGGACCGUUUGAGGAUCCAUAUCACUGAUGCUCAGAAACAGAGAUGGGAGGUUCCGUACAACCUUUUGCCCAGAGAACAGCCUCCGCCAUUGAAGCAGACUCUAAUGAGGUCAAGGAAGAACCCCACAGCAGUCUCUCAGUACUCUGAGUACUCUGGUUCUGAGUUAGCAUUCAGCUACGUCGCAGAUCCAUUUGGGUUUGCGGUGAAGAGGAAAUCUGAUGGUCAAGUGCUUUUCAAUUCAAGCGCUGAGCAAUCAGACCCAUUUUGUAAUUUGGUGUUUAAGGACCAGUAUCUUGAGAUUUCCACCAGAUUGCCCAAAGAUGCUUCAUUGUACGGUCUUGGAGAGAAUACACAACCACAUGGGAUCAAAUUGUACCCAAAUGAUCCAUACACUUUGUAUACAACUGAUGUAUCGGCUAUUAAUCUUAAUACUGAUCUUUAUGGGUCUCACCCAGUUUAUAUGGAUCUUAGAAAUGUGGGAGGCAAGGCUUAUGCACACGCAGUUUUGUUGCUCAACAGCAAUGGGAUGGAUGUGUUUUAUAGAGGCGAUUCUUUAACAUACAAGGUUAUUGGGGGUGUUUUCGAUUUUUACUUCUUUGCAGGUCCAACUCCUCUCAAUGUUGUUAAUCAGUACACUUCGUUCAUCGGCAGACCAGCUCCUAUGCCCUACUGGUCUUUUGGAUUCCAUCAGUGCAGAUGGGGAUACCAUAAUCUGUCAGUUGUUGAAGAUGUUGUUGCAAACUACCAAAAGGCUCAGAUUCCACUGGAUGUGAUUUGGAACGAUGAUGAUCAUAUGGAUGGACAUAAGGAUUUCACCCUCAACCCUGUAGCCUAUCCUCGGCCAAAGCUCUUGGCAUUCCUAGAAAAAAUACAUAACAUAGGCAUGAAGUACAUUGUCAUUAUUGAUCCUGGAAUUGCGGUUAAUUCCAGUUAUGGUGUUUACCAACGGGCUAUUGCUAAUGAUGUUUUCAUCAAGUACGAUGGUGAACCCUUCUUGGCUCAAGUUUGGCCUGGGGCAGUGAACUUCCCGGACUUCCUUAACCCCAAAACUGUUUCAUGGUGGGGCGAUGAGAUCCGCCGCUUUCAUGAACUUGUCCCUGUUGAUGGCCUAUGGAUUGACAUGAAUGAAGCUUCAAAUUUCUGUUCCGGUAAGUGCACAAUCCCGAAGGGUAAGCAGUGUCCUAGUGGAACAGGACCUGGGUGGAUAUGUUGCUUGGACUGCAAGAAUAUUACAAGCUCGAGAUGGGAUGAUCCACCAUACAAAAUAAAUGCUUCAGGAUUGCAGGUGCCUAUAGGAUUCAAAACCAUAGCCACUAGUGCAGUUCACUACAAUGGUGUUUUGGAGUAUGAUGCUCACAGUCUGUAUGGUUUCUCUCAAUCCAUUGCAACUCACAAGGCUCUUCAAGGGCUCGAGGGCAAGCGGCCAUUUAUAUUAUCCCGCUCCACUUUUGUUGGUUCGGGCAAAUAUGCCGCACAUUGGACGGGUGAUAACCAGGGCACCUGGAAUGAUUUGAAGUACUCAAUUUCUACUAUGCUCAAUUUUGGUAUAUUUGGGGUCCCAAUGGUUGGUUCAGAUAUAUGUGGAUUCUACCCAGCUCCUACAGAAGAACUUUGCAACCGUUGGAUUGAAGUAGGUGCAUUCUAUCCCUUCUCAAGGGAUCAUGCAAACUACUACUCCCCAAGACAGGAGCUUUAUCAAUGGGAGUCAGUCGCUCAGUCUGCAAGGAAUGCUCUAGGAUUGAGGUAUAAGCUCCUUCCUUAUUUGUACACAUUGAAUUACGAGGCUCAUAUUAGUGGCGCCCCAAUCGCCAGGCCACUAUUCUUCUCAUUCCCGUCUUACACCGAAACCUAUGGUUUGAGUACUCAGUUUUUGCUUGGGAGCAGUGUCAUGGUGUCUCCUGUUCUCGAGCAGGGGAAAUCACAAGUUAAAGCACUGUUCCCCCCUGGUUCAUGGUACAGUUUGUUUGAUUUGACUCAGGCUGUUGUCUCAAAAGGGAGCUAUGUCACGCUUGAUGCACCUUUGCAUGUGGUGAAUGUGCAUUUGUACCAGAACACCAUUUUACCAAUGCAGCAGGGUGGAUUGUUAUCCAAGGAAGCUAGAAAGACCCCUUUUAACCUCAUAGUAAGCUUCCCCUCUGGGGCUAGCGAAGGAAAAGCAAGCGGGAAUCUGUACCUCGAUGAGGAUGAGCUUCCCGAAAUGAAGCUUGGAAAUGGCUACUCCACGUACAUUGAUUUCUAUGCUACUGUAAGUCAAGGAAAAGUGAAAGUGUGGUCUGAAGUUCAGGAGGGCAAGUUUGCUUUGGGUAAGGGUUGGAUUAUUGAGAAGGUGACGGUGCUGGGAUUAGGUGGAAGUGGCGGAGAUGCUUCUUCACUUUCAAUUGACGGAGUACAGGCAACUGCCUUAUCGAAUGUAACGAUGAGUUCAACAACGCAUAAGCAACUGGAGGAGGUGGAGGAAGGAGGAGGCAAGAGCAAGAGUGUAAUGGUAGAGAUUCAUGGUUUGUCAUUAAAGGUAGGAAAAAACUUUGCCGUUUCAUGGAACAUGGGAAUCAAAGUUUGAGGUCAGAGGGGUCUCUUGCUGGGAUUUUGGACUAAUUGUCUAGGUCCUUUUAAUUUAGUUUUCUUCCCCAUUUUCGAAUUUAUGUAUUUUUAUUUUUAUUUUUUGUUUUUUUGGUUGUUUGAUGUCAAAGGUUCUUGGUGGAGAGGAGAUGAGCUAAUCAUAUGUUCAUCCUUUUCCAUGGAAACUAAUGAAGAAGAGUGAGGGUUUGGCGUUUUUAUA